UGGGCAACUGCUGCAUUAUCAGUCCCUGCUCUGAUCCAUAAUGGCUUUGUCAUUUUUCAAAGAUUUGCCUGAAGAGCAUCCGAGACAUUUGAUACCAGCGCUAUGUAGGCAAUUCUAUCACCUGGGCUGGGUAACCGGAACUGGUGGGGGUAUGAGCAUUAAACAAGACAAUGAAAUCUACAUCGCACCUUCGGGCGUACAAAAGGAACGUAUGCAGCCAGAGGAUCUGUUCGUGCAGAAUAUAGAUGGAAAGGAUUUGCAAUUGCCACCUGAGAUCAAGGGCCUCAGCAAGAGUCAGUGUACUCCGCUCUUUAUGUUAGCCUACAGACAUCGCAAUGCCGGCGCUGUAAUUCACACGCAUUCCCAGCACGCCGUCAUGGCCACAUUGCUCUGGCCAGGGAAGACGUUUCGUUGCACACACCUGGAAAUGAUUAAGGGCAUCUUCGAUGAAGCGGAUGAGCGCUAUCUGCGUUACGACGAGCAGCUGAUCGUACCAAUCAUUGAGAACACGCCCCACGAGCGUGACUUGGCAGAUAGCAUGUAUGCCGCCAUGAUGGAAUAUCCCGGAUGUAGUGCAGUUCUUGUACGCCGUCAUGGCGUCUAUGUCUGGGGAAAGACUUGGGAAAAGGCCAAAACUAUGUCGGAAUGCUAUGAUUACUUGUUUUCCAUUGCCGUUCAGAUGAAGAAGGCCGGACUCAAUCCGGAAAAAUUUGAAAAACCAUCGCUGGGAUAAGCAUUCACUUAAGUUUGGCAUUUAUAUACACAUAAUAAAUUCACAUGUAAUAAUAAUAAUAAAUACCAAAACACACUAAUAAAGACGUACAUUUAUAUGUACAUAUAAAUAAA